AUGACUGAAAGCAUUUCAACACUAACUGCUCCAAUUUCUCUAUCAACAUAUCAUCAGCUGAGUUUGACAGUUGAAUCUGCCAGCAUUCGAAACUCUGGACUUUUUAAGCCAAAUCCAUAUUUACAAGUUAUAAUAGAUGACAAGAUUUCAAGGAGAACUGAAGUUAUUAAAAAUACACUUCAUCCAAAAUGGAAAGAAGAAUUUACAGUUUUAGUAACUCCAUUAUCGCAACUGUUGUUCCGUCUGGCUGACCACCAUAGCUUUAGAAAAGACAAUAUUAUUGGAGAAAAAAGAGUGAACUUGUUAAAAAUACUUUUAUUUUUUAAUGGAAAAUGUGAAAAUGUGGAAUUAAAUUUAGAUAUGAUGAAAACAGUGUCACAGGAUAAUUCUUCCAAUUCCAACACAGAAGUCAAAUCAGCAGAAUUAGUGUUGUUAUUGGAUGGUUUAAGAAUAGAUCCAGCUAUUCUUAAUCAGUCUCAUGAAGUUCUUGGUGAAUCAACAAAUUCUCGGAGUCCUCUUAAUGAAGGUGUUAGAGCCAGAAUUCGGUUACGGUCUAUGGUGCAUCCACGAGAAUUAAGGCCACCGCCGGGGCCGCCGCCGCUGAGCAACGGUACAGUGAGCGUGGCCGCAGUGGACGGGGGCGCGGGCCCAUCGCGCCAGGAGGAUCCCCCGGCGGCCGCGCUCCUGCCGGGUGCUUCGCCCUCGCCUGCCACUGCCGCCGGCGUAACCCCAGCCGCCGGGGCCGCGGAGGAGCCCCUGCCGCCAGGCUGGGCUAUGCGAUUUGAUGUGUAUGGCAGAAAGUAUUACGUGGACCACAACACGCGGUCGACGUCGUGGGAGCGGCCGCAGCCGCUGCCGCCGGGCUGGGAGGUGCGGCGCGACGCGCGCGGGCGCGUGUACUACGUGGACCACAACUCGCGCACCACCACGUGGCAGCGGCCCGACACGGAGCGCCUGGCGCGCUUCCAGCACUGGCGCGGCGAGCGCCGCCACGUGGUGGCGCAGGGCAACCAGCGCUUCCUGUACCCGCCGCCGCAGCCGCCGCACCCGCCGCACCACACGCACCCCGCGCUGCCGCCGCACGCCCUCGCCGCCACCGCCACCGCCGCCUCCGCCUCCGCCUCCGCCUCCGCCGCCGUCGAACACGAACCUGCCGGCAACAGCAGCGCGAGCGCGGCGGCGGGGGCGGCGGCGGGCGCGGCGGCGGGCGAGGACGCGCUGGGCGCGCUGCCGGCGGGCUGGGAGCGGCGCGUGCAGCCCGACGGCCGCGUCUACUACGUUAACCACAAGAACCGCACCACGCAGUGGGAGGACCCGCGCACUCAGGGGCAAGAGAUAAGCGCGCUGGAGGAGGCGCUGCCGCCGGGCUGGGAGAUCCGCUUCACGGAGGAGGGCACGCGCUACUUCGUGGACCACAACACGCGCACCACCACGUUCCAGGACCCGCGGCCCGGCGCGCCGCGCGGGCAGGGCGCCUACGGCGUGCCGCGCGCCUACGAGCGCUCCUUCCGCUGGAAGCUCAGCCAGUUCCGCUACCUGUGCCAGAGCAACGCGCUGCCCAGCCACAUCAAGGUCACGCUCUCGCGCCAGACGCUCUUCGAGGACUCCUACCACCAAAUAAUGAGGCUACCUGCAUACGAGUUGCGAAGAAGAUUGUAUAUAAUAUUUCGUGGUGAAGAAGGUCUAGACUAUGGAGGGGUCAGUCGUGAAUGGUUUUUCCUUCUGUCGCAUGAAGUGCUCAACCCCAUGUACUGCCUUUUCGAGUAUGCAAAUAAAAAUAACUACAGCCUACAAAUAAAUCCAGCCAGUUAUGUUAACCCAGAUCAUUUAUUAUAUUUUAAGUUUAUAGGAAGAUUUAUAGCCAUGGCCCUGUACCAUGGCAGAUUUAUUUACUCCGGCUUCACUAUGCCCUUCUACAAGAGAAUGCUAAAUAAGAAACUGACUAUGAAAGAUAUUGAAUCUAUCGAUCCAGAGUUUUAUAACUCUUUGGUGUGGAUAAAAGAUAACAAUAUCGACGAAUGUGGCCUUGAGAUGUGGUAUAGUGUAGAUUUUGAAGUAUUAGGGCAAGUGAUCCACCAUGAGCUGAAACCUGCGGGCGAUAAAGAACGUGUAACUGAAGCAAAUAAAGAGCAGUAUUUACAACUUGUUACGCAAUGGAGAAUGACACGAGGAAUUGAAGAGCAAACAAACGCUUUUCUUGAUGGUUUUAAUGAGGUAGUGCCUCUGGAAUGGCUGAAGUACUUCGACGAGCGCGAGCUGGAGCUGAUGCUGUGCGGCAUGCAGGAGGUGGACGUGGACGACUGGCAGCGCAACACCAUCUACCGGCACUACACGCGCACCAGCAAGCAGGUCGUCUGGUUCUGGCAGUUUGUGCGCCAAAUGGACAAUGAAAAACGAGCGAGGUUGUUACAAUUUGUAACAGGAACAUGUCGAGUGCCAGUCGGAGGAUUUGCUGAACUUAUGGGAUCUAAUGGGCCUCAACGAUUUUGUAUAGAAAAGGUCGGUAAGGACACCUGGCUGCCGCGCUCGCACACCUGCUUCAACCGACUCGACCUUCCGCCUUACAAGAGCUAUGAACAACUAUGUGAAAAAUUGAACUACGCUAUCGAAGAAACCGAAGGUUUUGGUCAGGAA